GGACCCACUGACCCCUCAUAUUAAAGAGGAAGAGGAGGAACACAGCAUCAGUCAGCAGGGAGAGCAUCUUGAAGAACUGGAGGAGGUUGAUGUCACCAAGAUGCCAGUGACUGGUGUCCCUGUGAAGAGUGAAGGUGAUGAGGUUAAAGGUGAAAGUGAGGAGAAGAGAGAGGCGGAGCCUCCAAGCAGCAGCUCAACUCAACACAUGACAACAGAAGCUGAUGGAGACCACUGUGGAGGAUCACAAGCAGACAAGCUCUUAGCUCCACUAUCAGAUAGUGAGGACACAACGUCACACUCUCCUGACACUGAUGAUGAACACUCUAAAGAUGAUAAGACAUGUCACACUGACAACACACACUUCACAUGUUCUCACUGUGACAAAACCUUUAAAUACCAUUGUCAUCUGAUAGAACACAUGAGAAUACACACUGGAGAAAAACCUUUUUCGUGUUCAAUCUGCGGUAAAGCUUUUACGCAAAGGCCCAAUUUCCAAGCACACAUGAGAAUACACACUGGAGAAAAAAAAUUUUCCUGCUCAGAAUGUGGUAAAAGUUUUGUAAGCAAUGGAAAUUUGAAAUCACACAAGAGAACACACACUGGAGAAAAACCUUUUUCCUGCUCAGAAUGUGGUAAAAGUUUUGCAGUAAGUCAAAGUUUAAAAGAUCACAUGAGAACACACACUGGAGAAAAACCUUUUUCGUGUUCAAUCUGCGGUAAAGCUUUUACGCAAAGGCCCAAUUUCAAAGCACACAUGAGAAUACACACUGGAGAAAAAACUUUUUCCUGCUCAGAAUGUGGUAAAAGUUUUCUAAUAAAUCAAAGUUUAAAACAACACAUGAGAAUACACACUGGAGAAAACCCCUUUUCCUGCUCAGAAUGUGGCAAAAGUUUUGUAAAAAAACAAAAUUUAAAAGUACACAUGAGAAUACACACUGGAGAAAAAACUUUUUCCUGCUCAGAAUGUGGUAAAAGUUUUGCAAAAAAUCAAAAUUUACAAGUACACAUGAGAAUACACACUGGAGAAAACCCUUUUACCUGCUCAGAAUGUGGUAAAAGUUUUCUAAUAAAUCAAAGUUUAAAAGUGCACAUGAGAACACACACUGGUGAAAAACCUUUUUCAUGUUCAAUCUGCGGUAAAGAUUUUACUCGAAGGGACAAUUUCAAAGCACACAUGAGAAGGCACUCUGGUGAAAAAACAUACUCCUGUUCAAGCUGCAACCAAAGUUUCCGUUACCUAUACACUCUUAGAGUACACAUGAGAACACACACAGGAGAGAAAGUGUUGAGUUGCAGUGUGUGUGGUGAAAGAUUCUCUUCUGAGUACCAGUGUAAGAAACACAAGUGUGCUGGUGAGAACAGCAGCAGCAAAUGAAGAUGCAGGAUUUGAAAUGAACUGUCAAAACUUUAACUUUCUAACAACAUCAGCACAUAUAACAUGUGUGACAUCAUUGUUGUGUGUGUAACACAAUCUUGUUAAUAUGAUUCUAACAUUUAUAGAUUAGACACUUCAGAUUAGUGCUUUUAUUUCAGUCAAGUACAUGAGUUAAUAUACACAUUUGUGUACUUUAAAAUGAACAGAACAAUUUGACUGAAAAGGUGAGAAUAAACAGUACAUAAAAUAUGUUACAUACAAUAAACCUUUUUUUGUGUAGAUAUUCAUAAUUCACUUUUAUACUUAUUCAUUAUAGUGUUUUUGUAUAAGUUUUUCGAAAUAAUGAAGUGUUACAUACAGUAUUUUAUUUUCUAUUUGUGGAUAAUUCUAAAGAUGAACUCCUUUAUAUGAUGUACAUAUUUGUUUUACAUGUGCUCAUACCUUUGCUUUUGAGUACACAUAAAUCCCUCUUAGUUCAUAUUUACUGGUUCACAUCUUAAACAUCUUCUGGACCACUUCUGGAAGCAUAUUAUUAUUUACUUUAUACAUAAUUUGAACAGUUGUCUUUUAUACAAGAUCAUUUACUUUUAAAAUGUGUGACUUUAUGAAUCAUUUGUUGGGUCUCUAUAAUCCAUUCUAUUAAUUGUCUUUAUUACUCUCUUGUGUAAUAUGAAUAUUGUUGUGUGAUUGUUUUAUAUGUAUGUCCCCAGACCUUUAUGCAAUAAACAAUGUAUGCUUCAACUAAAGUUGGGUACAAUAAAUGUAGUUAAUAUU